UAUUGCACAUCGCCACCUCAAAAAUUUUAUGUACAUCUUGGCAACUAAUAUGCAGAAUGAUGUUACGGAAUAAUUCACGCGGAAGAAGAACUACGCCCUUGGAAGCAAACAGAAUUGUUUUCAACUUCGGGGUCAGAGCUGUCAAACAAGGAAACAAUGAGCUGCCGUCUGCAAAUCGGUGUAAUGACGACGGAAGCUAACCAAAAGAAGAUUGCCUUGGUAAAUUAAGAGAGAGCGAAUUUGCACUCAGGACAAAGCUUAAAAUGGUUCAAGAAACAAUAGAUUGUAGCCGAUGUGCAAUUUCUGUGCUGUUUGACGAAAAGAUGGAGAAGUGUCAACAAAAUCAGCUGAGCUUCAUGGGCCGUGUCUCUUGCACGAAAUCUUUGAAUAAGUAUGUUGAGCUGGUCGAAAAGUUAAAGGAAAGUGUUAAAAGAUGUGCAGUUUUAAAAGUGGACAACACAUUGAAUGCUCAGCGAGAUAAAGCCGUCUCAACUAUUCGGUGUUUAACUCACUUCUACGGCUGUAAUCCUGCAACUUAUGCCACAGCAGUAAGCUGUCUGGACAGAUUUCUAUCCAGAGUCAAGGUGCAGCCUAAAUAUUAUUCCUGUUUAGCUACAUCUUGUUUUUAUCUAUCCAACAAGUUUCAUGAUGAAGAUGAGGAUAUUCCAUCAGCAACACAGUUGUCUAACUUGAUGCAACAUGCAUGGAAGUCAUCAGAUUUAAAGAGGAUGGAAACAGUUAUCAUGCAAAAGCUAGACUGGAAAUUAUGGGUGGAAACCUGCCCCUCACUACUUAAGACUUUGUGUGAUAUUAUUCAAAUAUUUACAUCUACCAGGGUUCUAGGCCAUAGUUUUCUUGCUGAACUUGUGAAGAAGUUUGAAAUCUGCAUCAACUAUAGUUCAUGUGCAGUGUACUCUACUGCUUCCUUAGCCUUCAGUUUACUUCUUCAUGGCCUCGAGGAGGAAGGAUUACUGAAUGAAAUCAAUCAGUUUGUCCUAAACCUUCACAGUAUAUGUCAGGUUUCUGAUGCAGAAUUUUAUGAAUGCCAUGCAAUGGUGUCGAAGGUGCUCAGUAGCUAUGAAAACCAUCCCAAGCAUCACCCUCCUUGUCUACCAACACCCAAACCUUUCCCCAGGCCCAAUCUCAUAUCCCGUCCUAGUCUGUAUGGAGACUCGGAACUACCCGCCAUUGAAGAAAACCCCUCCAUGGAACUCGCUCUCAGUGAAACAGAGAGCAAGUGUCUUGUACAGUGUGCUACUCAAAAGUUGGUGCAGGAAGGACAUAGUUGGAGUACCUGUAUAUUGCCACAGAAGUGUACUAUCUGUAGCCUAGAAUAACUGUCCAAAAGUGUGCCUCUACAAACUAGAAUAACUGUCCAAAAGUGCAGGCUGGUAUAACUGUCGAUGUACCACAGACGUGCUCCUCCUGUUGCCAGGAAUAAUUAUGAAUGUGCAAUAUCCGUUAUUUUUAAUAGCCUAAAAGAUAUUUUUAUGUUACAAAAUCAAAAAUUAUCUAUUUUUACACAUUUGAUGUUACCAAAGUAUAAAAAAGAAAAUUUAAUGCACGCAGCAGUACUAUUUUAGGUUUAGUUAUAUGUUAUUGUUUUAACUUAUUUAUAAAUUUGUGUGUGACUGUUGAAUAGUGUCACUUGAGUUUUGUAAAUCACCUGAGUGUGAAUUGAUGUGGGACCAAAUGCUGGAUCAUAGGUAUAUAUGUUUUUAUUUAGUUAGAUUUUAUUGUUAAUAACAGUGAAUCUCUGAAUUAUUUAAUAAGAAAGAUGAUGAAAACAUGGGGGUAAAUUGCAUAAUCUGUAAAAACUAUAAAUAUAAUACAAACUAGCGAGACAUUAUUCCUAGUAUCUUGUGAUUCAGACUUGCUCCUUGUAAGUAAAGGGUACAUAAUCUAAAGUUGAAAGAUUACACAUCGUAGUACAUUUAUUGAAAUACCUCUUUAUCAGGUCAACUCUUACUAAAAAUUGUAACAGAUGCUUAUGACUAAUAAUUGCUAACAAAACAGUAUAUGUAGAAAAUGUUUUUAAAAUAUUAUUGUAUUUCACCGUCCAAGGAAUGGUGGAAAUUUUGACAAAUCCCUAAUACGUAUGUCCAUUGUUGAUGAUGCUGAAAUCCAUUAUUUACCUCGGUUACCAUGUGUCUUUAAGUUGUGUUUGUGUUUAUAAUAGUGGUCAAUGUGUAUGAACUGUAAGUGAGUGUAACUAUUUAUGGAGAAAUUGUCUAGAGUGUACUUCAGAGUUGAACAGUGCUGGAAAUAAAUUAUUUUUAUAGUA